UUUUGGGUGUGUGAAUAAAGUGGGUGUGCGAAUAGCCCGUGCCUUAUUUUGGGUGCGUGAAUAGACCAAGUGGGUGUGCGUAUAGCCCGGGACUUGACAAGUUUUCCUAUCCGUUUUCAAAAUACAGGUGCAACCAUGGCUGGUACCUUCAACCAUAUGCCUUGCUCUUCAACAUCUCCGUCGCCGUCGUCGGUGACGGUGGCUAGGAGCGGUGGUUUAUCAACACCAUCCUUCUCAUGCCGUACACCAAUUAAUCAUCAUCGUCCGUACUCCACUUCAUCUUCUAGGUUAUCAAUUUCAUCAUCCAGUAAAAAAAAUCGCCUUCAAAUUCUCGCAUGCUCUUCUCCUUCACAGCCGCAAAAGACCGCUACUAACUUCACAUCCUCCACGAAGCUUUAUGUCAGUGGACUCUCAUUUCGAACUUCAGAAGAAAGCUUGCGAAAUGCUUUCCAGUCUUUUGGCCAGCUUAUCGAAGUAAAUCUGGUGAUGGAUAAGAUUGCUAAUAGACCAAGAGGAUUUGCCUUCCUUCGCUAUGCAACAAAAGAGGAAUCUGAAAAAGCCAUCGAGGGUAUGCAUGGAAAGUUCCUGGAUGGCAGGGUUAUAUUUGUUGAAUACGCGAAACCCAGGUCGCAGCUCAAUCAAGGUGUUAAACAGGAUUCAAAGCCAUAUCGAUGAGCUUCUACGUGCACCCUUUAUUUAUUGUAAGCUUCUGUUUUUUGAACCCAUUUUUUUCCUUAAAUGUGUAAGAUAGUUCAUGAACAUAACAAAUAUAAAUAUAUGCAUAUUUUCUGAAAUUUUUAUAAUAA